AUGGGAGACCGUGAUCCAGCUUGUUACGCUUGUGGGGAGCCCGGUCAUUUUGCUCGUGAUUGCCCUCAGGGCGGUUCUGGUGGCCGCGGUCGUGGAAGCGGUCGGCGUAGUGGUUAUAGCGGUGGCUAUGGCAGCGGCGGUUAUGGAGGCUAUGGUGGUGGCGGCGGCGGCUACCAGGAUGGCUGCUUCAAUUGCGGAGAGUCUGGCCACAUCGCCCGCCAUUGUAAUGUCCUGAGAAAUCAGAACAAUGGUGGCGGCGGUGGUGGUGGCGGUCGUAGCUGCUACAAUUGUGGUGAAGAGGGCCACAUCUCGCGGGAUUGCCCGCAAGGUGGUGGCGGAAAAGAUAAAGUGCAGUGCUACCGAUGCCGUGGCUUUGGUCACAUUUCCCGUGAGUGUACACAAGGUGAAGGUCCUAUUUGUUACAAGUGCAAAGGAUAUGGACACAUUGCCAGUCAGUGUAACGCAUGA